AUGUUUGAUGCAGUCUGCGAACGCUUCUGGGCACAGUUGGAGGAUAGGCACGAGCCUCUACAGCCACCAAUGGCCAGCACCACGGCACAGGCAUCCACACUGCACCAACCAGACAGUGCUAACUGGCACCAGACUAAGAAGCAGUUGGUGAAGGCCCAACCGGGAAAUGCACUCCACGACGCUCCAUGGACAGCAGAGAACCAGCUGAAAGGCCGAGCUAUAGCACUACACGGCCAGAGACUUACCCGCAAGUGGCAGCCACACAUGCUCAAGAAUACGGAGAGCAAAUGGAGCACCACGCGGGCAACAUACAGUGCCCAUUGCGCCACAACCUUGGGGGAGACCCAGGGCCCCACUACAACUCAGGCAUGCAGAAACGGAGCACCGGCUCACCAGCGACCCCAGAGGUGGAAGGGCUCCCCACCCCCACAGUGCCCCGUUGCAACUAAACACACACCUAGACAUACUCACCCACUCCACCUGGCAGCAACCGGGGCCAGAAGCCUGCACCCUUCAGCUCCACCACAGACCCGGAUCCUGCCAACACCGCAGCCCCUUCAACCGGCAUCCGUGCGCAGAAACCUGACCAAACCCGCCGGAAGAAUUAAACAUGGGACACCCAAGACAGGGAACGGAGGCAUGGGAUCCCGGGCUGUGCUCCUGCUCCGGUUGGAGUCACUAACGGGCCACAGAAAGGACUAUCUGCUUCAGCACAUAAGUGGUAUCGGGUGA